AGCUUUCGUGUCGAUUUUUUUCUUCGUUCUCAUGGGACUUUGUUUUUCCUUUCGUUUCUUCCACCGGGAAGCCGCAGAAACGCUUCGGUCCGCCGCCUGCACCCUCCCUUUCUCGGCGAGACUGUCCUGUGUGCCGCGCCGUUGCUUGGAAUGCCACAGGCUUUGUGUGUCUCCGUUCCUCCAUUUUUGAGCACAUCCACAGACAUCCACUUUUCCGUCUCUUUUCCUUGGUUCUUCUCGCCCGUUCCCGCGCUUGCUUUUCUGUCUUCACCUUUCCUCUUCUCGUCCUCGGUACUGGUUGUCUUCUUCCUCAUGCCGUGACGUCUCUUCCUUCUGCGAUCUUUCUCGCGAUGUCGACCGUCUCUACUCCUCUCUUUCGGCUGCUCUCCGAUUCUUCUUCCUCAUCCUCCUUUCCGUCCACACCUAGUCUGCGUUGUCGAAGGCGGCUCGCGAAGUCGGUGGAUUCUGCAGCAGCGCAGAACGCAACGGCAGGUUCCCGGACGCUGCAGAGACAGAGACAUCUUUACUGGAGAACUUGUGGCGUCGUCUCCGUUGUUUAUCUCCUCUUCCACUCUUUCCUCGGCGUCUCCGGAGGUGACCAGGUCGCCGUCGCGGGCAGCGGCUUAUGCCAAGACCAUUUCCCGAACGACCCCGCCGUGUUGAAUUACUGUCAAAAUGGAGCAACAUGCAAUGUCCAGCUCACUUCCGGACAGCUUCUUCAGAUCAUCUGCAACUGCGCCGAACUCCAGACAACAGAGUAUCUCUACGCUGGCCCGAGUUGCUCCAUCAAACAAAAGCUCGCCUUUGUUGCUGGCUCUUUCGGCACGAGCGUGCGCAACACUUCGUGGCUGGAAAAUCUGCUCGGCUUGAACUCCUGGAAAGACGUUCCUUCCCGAGUCGCCUCCUUCUGCUACACGGUGCCUUGCCCCAGUCCAGACGGCUCCAGCAUCUAAGCGAAAAAACACUUGUCCUCACCCCUGUCUUCACCCUCGCUUCCUCGCUCAGCACAUUCAUAUAAACAUAUAUAUAUAUACAUAUACUGUGAUUAUAAAUGCAUAUAUAUACAUAUAUAUAUACAUAUAUAUAUAUAUAUAUAUAUAUAUAUACAUAUAUGUAUGUAUGUAUAUGCUUGUUUGUGUGACGUUUGUAAGGGGUGGUGUCUGAACAGUCUUAGUUGUGUACAUUCGUGUCGCCUAUUGACUUUCUUCUUUUCUUUGGUCUCUCUGCAGUUUCAAUUUCACACUUUCAAAGAUGCAGUAUGGAAAGGGAGUAGCUGCCGUCAAUGCAUGCAGCUGUGUGCAAAGUUUUCUAUCUUCAUCGAAAUGCGUUUCACCAUGGAUUUGAGCUCCAUCCAUCCACCCGCGGGAACCGGUACUCAAAUGCAUAUCCAUAUAUAUAUAUAUAUAUAAGUAUAAAUAAGCACAUUCGUAUCCAAUAUAUAUAAAUAUUUAUUCUUUAUAUGUAUUUAUAUUUAUGUAUUUAGGAUGUUUCUUGUGUGGAACUGUGGAGCGAGGGGUUGGAGUUGACUGAGUGGUGCAAAGAUACCUUUCGCCUUUUUUUGCAUGCAUGCGAAGCCGAUCGCUUUUGUGUUUCCAGCUGGUCGACUCGAUUUGCGUUUUCUGGCUUCUACCGUGGCUCACUUUUCAGAUUUCUCGGGCCUACAAAACCAGCAAAAAAACUCGAAGUUGCCUUGUGCCCAC